UACACCGACAUUCGACCCCGGGGCUCUUUUGCCGCGAAAGGCACAGAUCGGAGCAAGAUUGUGCCUGCGCCGAGGAUCAACGUGCUGGGAUGGAGUCUGUAAGUAGUCGAGGACUAGGGCACCUCAUGAAUUCAUAUCUGGUAUGGAACGUGGGAGUUGGAACACAUUACGGCACCGUUUUCGCUAUCGACCAAGGUCAAGCAACGAUCCAGAAGGUAUGCUGCGAGCCUGCCACAGCGCUUUACUCCCCGACCUGCCAUUCCAUUCCAGUCCAAUGUAACCCGCCCGUUUUGCGCCGAAAGCCGCCGCCAGCCAGUAUCACGCCAUUCGGUACUUCCAUUCCCCCAAAUUGCCCCAUAGCCAUGCCCCCCAUUGAAGUGCAACCAAGGGCGAUGUAAAAGGAAGGAUGGAUCGCUCAGACAUACCCGUUGUAGGAGUAGGCAGCAACGGUCAGUGGGUCCCACCAUGAAUCCUUGCGCGACUCCUGCUGGUCUCCGUCUCCGUCGUCAAG